AUGUACGUAGCAAAUUGUUGUCUGACAAAAAAAUAUAAUUUCCCUCUGCCGGUACAGCUCCCAAUCGACAGCUCCAGCUGGUUCAUUCUUUCUGCGCUGGCUAAAGACAUUAAAGAAUACACUAACCUGCGCAUCCUGUCUACCUCUCCAUUUACCCAUCCCACCACAUCCCCAUCCAAUCCCCAUCCCAUCGCUCAACACAAGCAAAAGAGAGCGCGUCGUAGGAGCAAAGGAGCAGCCAUGGCCCAAGCCAUCGCGGAGAGGGCAUGCGCCAAGCUCAGAUCCGCCUUAGGAGAUGAAGCCGUGGCGCGGUUGAGCUUCACCGGUGACUUGCGUGAUAUGUUGGAGGCGCUGGAGGCCAUCCAGCCCUUUCUGGACAAAGCCGAGAUGCUUGAGUUGAGGAGUGACCUGCUUACGCAUCAUCUGCAUCUUGCUGCGUGCACCGUCUAUGAGACCAUAGACAUUGUCGACGAGCUGCAGGACGCGAGACCACAGGCUGCGACAAAGAUGACAAAGAUGCUUCCCUGCCUUGCCAUCAUGAAGAAUGCCAUGGCCAUCAAGGUGCAAGAGAUGAAAGAACAGUUGCGUGAGAAUUCAACAGAACUAGCAGAAGACACCAGAAUGUUCCAGGAAAUUACUGAGGAACAGAAAACCGGGCCAGUUUUUGAGGAAGCAAUGGUUCUGGGAAGAGGAUCUGAUAAAGAGAGGAUAAUUGCCACACUGCUAUGUACUGAGCCCAACAUCAUGCAAGAGCACAUCACCAUUCUUCCCAUCUUUGGGCUUGCAGGCAGCGGCAAGACAACCUUGGCACAAAUGAUGUUUAACGAUACCCACUCCCUCCAAGUCUAUGACUUCCGGGUAUGGGUUCAUGUGUCUCCCAAGUUCGAUCUUCAUACAAUAGGCAGCUCCAUUAUUUGUCAAGUGUCAGGAAGAGGACAAGAAGAGAUCAACCAUGCCUCUUCAGACGUGGAGGGGAUGGAGGGUAUAAUGAAGCGCCUUCACAAGUUACUUGAUGGUAAGAAGGUGCUCCUUGUGUUGGAUGACUUGUGGGAGGAGGAUCCCAUUCAGUUACAGCUAUUGAAGUCCAUGUUAACAUUCUUGGGAGACAAAAUGGACGUAAUAGUAACCACAUGCAACCAAGCCAUCGCCAGGAACAUCUGUACAGUUGAGCCGUACAGGCUAAAUCGGUUGAGUGACGAGACGUGUUGGGAAAUAAUCAAGAAAUCGAUCCGUUUGGAAGCAGCAGGAGAAGAGUUGGAGAAGAUUGGACAGAAGAUCGCAAGCAAGUGCUGGGGUGUACCAUUAGCAGCUGGAGGAUAUGCAGCCACGAUAGAUUCUUUCCGAGAUCCCAUGACAUGGAAAAUAAUCCUGCAAACGAAUAUCUCGGAUUUUGCCUUUUCAACUUUCGAGCUAAGCUACAUGAGUAUGCCACCAGAUUUGAGGCUAUGCUUUGUUUAUUAUUGUCAAAUCUUCCCAACUGGUCACAGUAUAGUCAAAGAUGACCUGGUUCAUCAAUGGAUUGCUCUCCACCUCAUUGAGCCGUCUGAAAUUUUGUCUGCCACACAGAUAGCUGAGGAGCAUAUUUCCAGGCUUCAGGACUUGUCAUUCCUUCAAACUGCAGAGCUGGACCACGCCAGUGGAAUAAAGGAUAAGAGUUCAAUCUUGUUCACUAUGCACAAUCUGGUGCAUGACUUCGCGGCAAAGUACAUAGAUAGUUUAAAAUACUGUCUAGCCACCAAUUAUGGGAAACGAGAUGGAAUGUACAGUGGCUAUCUAAGGGCGAUGCGCUAUGUCGGCUGUAGAAAAGAGGAGUUUACGGGCGACUUAUUUUCACGCCAUAAGUGGCUACGUGUCCUGGAAUUAACGGAGAGCUCCGUGCUGAAGCUACCAAACUCCAUCUGCCAACUGAAGCACCUGGGGUAUCUUAAGAUAUCAGAAUUCUCUGGACUGGUAACUCUGCCUGAGUCAUUGGGGGAUCUCAUAAAUCUGAUCCACAUCGACUUAUCAGGCUGCUCCGGGCUACUAGACCUACCAAAGUCGUUUGGGAAGCUAAUCCUUUUAGUGCAUGUCAACUUGUCAGGCUGCUCUAGGCUUGCAACACUUCCUGAAUCUUUUGGCGAUCUCAUAAACUUGUCCCAUGUCAAUCUGUCACGCUGCCAUGGACUGACAGAGCUUCCAGAACCGCUCCAGAAGCUUGGCAAACUGGUACACCUGAAUUUAUCAUUCUGGUCUUGUUUUGAAGGGAUCGGGGAAGGCCUUGGUGGCCUCACCACUCUGGAGCACUUGAACUUGUCAAACCCUUGUUAUCAUCUUGUUGAGCACCGUUCCGAUCUCCAAGGUCUGAAAGAUGGUCUGUGUAAGCUCACCAACCUCCGGUAUCUGAAUUUGUCAGCGUGCCUGAAUCCUAUCUUUUACUACCACAAGUCACAAGAGGAAAGUCUCCAGUUCAAUACAGAGUGUGUGAAAGACCUCUCCACUCUAGAGCAUUUGGACCUGUCUCACAACACAUUUCUGUUUGAUCUGCCUGAAAGUCUAGGCGACCUCAACAAUUUACACACAAUGAAUCUCUCAGGCUGCGUCAGACUGAAGAAGGUUGGUGAAAUGAAGUCUCUCAAGUAUAUAAAUCUGAGGAAGUGUCGGGGACUAGAGAGCUGCCAGUUUGUUGUUCGCAUUGUUGAUGAUGAUGAUGCGUAUAGCAGCAGCAACAUUGUUCAGCUGGAGGUGGUAAAUUGUCAAGAGCUCCAGAUAAGCUGCCUAGAAAAGGUCAAGUCUAAAGAGGAAGCAAAGGGAAUCAAAAUGGUGGAGAAACAGAAGCUUCAAAAGUUGAAGAUUUCUUGGACUUUGGACACUGUCGGGCGAGUGGAGGACAGUGCUUUGUUGAGGGAAUUAGUGCCACCACCUAAUCUGCAGUGCCUGGAGGUUAACGGCUACGCCGGCACGUGCCUCCCGGAGUACUUGGGUGAGCUCACCUCUCUCCAGGAACUCAAGAUCGUCCGCUGCAAGCAGCUCAACUCGUUGCCGGAUACAAUGCAGAAACUCACCAGCCUGGAUCUGUGUAUUUUUGACUGUCCAGAAUUGGAGAAGUGGUGUGAGGUUGAGAAGAACAAGAAAUUGCUGGCGCACAUUCGCAGCAAAAAUUAUGAGUAUGUACCAUCAUAUUGCUCGUUGUUUUACUCAUAG